ACACCUGUUGGGAUUAACAUUUAAAAUUGCAAUGAAAAUAAAUAAUCAUGUGAAAGAGAGUGUUUACGAUCCAUAUAAAUUACAAAUGCUGCUUCUGAGGUUCAGAUUUGUUCAGAAAAUUACAGUAAGAUGAAGCUUUUGGUGUUAUUUGCAGCUGGAGCUAUAAUCGGUUCAGUGUGCUGCGAUAAUGAGUGUUUCAAAUCGAUAUUUUCUGUCUGCCAAAAAAAGUUCGUUCCUGGAAUGCCCGAACUUUGCAAUGAUCUGAAGCCACGAUAUGACUGCUUUGCUGACAGAGCCGUAGAAUGCAAGAUGGGACUCGCAAAGGAUGCCAAUCAAGUUAAACAGAUAAUUGCAGAGACAUGCACGGAAGGAACGAUAUUGAACAAACUUGUGAAGAAGGAAAAAAAGUGUUUCCAAGAUGCUUUUAUGGACCAGAAGUGCAGUGAUCCAAUUGUAGCUGUUCUAAAUGGCGCAUCCAAUUUUAAAGAAAUCGUACUUAAAAAUAAAGAGGCAUGCAAAUUGUUGGAAUUUUAUUCAGAAUGCAUCGUUGAGAGGGUGGUCCAUUAUUGUGGACCGAAUAGUAAGGAUUUGUUCUCUUAUUUGUUUGAUCGUCUUUUCAAACUAGGAAGAAGUAUGUGCAACGAUGUCAUUUUACCAGCAGACGAGAAUGAUGAGAGUUUCGGCAAUUUAGGACAACUCGAUGCUUUCAACUUUAUUAUACCCUUUUUCAUGUACCCUUGAAUAGAUAUGAUGAGUAAAAAUGAAGUGUACAACAGAAAAAAAUAAAAG